AUGGCUCCGUUUAAUAUAAAUGAUUUCAUAUCUGAACCUUCUCUUGAUUUAUUGGUGAAUACUACUCUUAAAAAAGACGAUUGGAAGGCACUUGCUGGUCAUUAUGAAAUUGAAAUUAGAGCUUGCAUGACGAAAGCAGUGAUUAAAAGUAUUGUUAUUGAAAGUCUAGUAAAUUCAGACAUUCUUCCCAUGUCAGCGUUGUCUUUAUGUGAUAAAGUACCCCGUGAAGAAAAUAGUAAUGUUUCUGAACUAAUUGAAUUACGAAAGCUAGAGCUUAGAAAAUUAGAAUUAGAGCUUCAGAUUGGGGAAAGAGCUGGCUUUAGUCAACAAAAACCGCGCUUUGAUAUUAGCAAACACGCAAAAUUAAUUCCUCUCUUUGAUGAACAAGACCCCGAGGAAUUUUUCUUACAAUUUGAAAAGAUUGCAGAAAGCUUAGACUGGCCUGAAGAGAGCUGGACUGUGAUGAUCCAAACAGCUUUUACUGGACAAGCUAAGAGAGUGUUCACUAAUUUACCAAAAGAAAUAUGUAAAGAUUAUGAUGCUGUGAAAGAUAUAAUUCUUCAAGCUUAUGAUUUAGUCCCAGAAGCUUACAGACAGAAGUUUCGAAACCUAAGAAAAUUGGAGUUACAGACUUACGUAGAAUAUGCUGUUGAGAAAGAGAGGCUGUUACAACGCUGGUUGAGAUCUAGAAAUGUUCAGACAUUCACUGAUUUAAAAGAGUUGAUAUUAUUAGAGGAGUUUAAGCGUUCUGUCAAUGUUGAUAUAAAAUUGUAUUUAGAUGAACGAGAAGUGACCACUUUAAGUAAAGCAGCAAUACUUGCUGACAAUUUUUCAUUAACUCAUAGUAGACGCAAAACUCAGAGUUAUCUUUGUGCUGGAAGGAAGUCAGGUGGUAGUGAAGAGUCAGGUGAUCAGGGUGCUAGGCCUAGUAAAAUUGUAAAAUCUGCUCAAGGGAAAAAUAAAAUAGGAGUAGACAAGAUUGAUUCUUUAGUAACUUGUUUCUAUUGCAAACAACGUGGCCAUGUAAUCGCUGUGUGCCCUAAAUUAGCUGCUAAAAAUGUCGCUAAGGGAGCGACUUCGCUUACUGUUGAUUUAGUGGAAGAGACUGAUGUUAAUACUUCCCAUGAUGUUAAGUCUGACAUUUUUGAGCCGUUUAUUUUCACGGGAUUGGUUGCAAGUGACAUGUCCUCAGAUAAGAGUUACCCUGUUCGAAUUUUAAGGGAUACCGCUUCUUCCCAGAGUGUAUUAGUUAAGGCUUCUAUGCCUUUCGUGGAGAAUUCAUACACUGGGGAAUUCGUAGUCAUUCGGGGUUUUGGAGGGACCGUCAUUCUCCCGUUAGCGCGGAUAUUUUUGCGAUCAGACUUAGUUGAUAGAUACAUCACAGUUGGAGUUCACGACUUUCCUCUUCCUGUGAGCGAAGCAACUUUGUUGCUAGGGAAUGACGUAGCUGGCGAAUGCGUUGUACCUGACCCGAUUGUACGCCCUGUACCGUCCGGAGUGAACCCCACAGAAUCCCUCGAGAAUGAGUAUCCGUAUCUCUUUCCCUCUUGUGCAGUGACGCGAAGCAUGUCUAAAGGCACUGAUGAGGAACCCUGUCCGACUAAUGUAUCUAAUUUUGAUAAUUUGACAAUUAGUUCCUUAUUUAAUGAAGAAGAGGGUAAUGAGGAAAAACUUGAUUCUGUGAAAGAGGUUAGUAUUAGGAGUUUACCAAUAACUCGUGACAUGCUCAUCGAUGCACAACGUAAGGAUAAAGAGUUAUGCAAAUAUUUUAGUCUUGUUGACGAUUCACAGCCACUCGAUAGUAUGUACUACUUAAAUUCUGGUGUAUUAAUGCGGAAGUAUAGACCUGUUGAUGUUCCGGCAACAGACACCUUUACAGAGAUUCAUCAAGUAGUUGUUCCUUUUCCUUAUAGACAGGAUGUUAUAAGUCUUGCUCAUGAUAUUAAUGGAGGUCACUUGGGAGUUUCCAAAACCUACUUUAAAAUUCUCAAACACUUUUACUGGCCAAAAAUGAAGAAGGAUGUGUCAUCAUAUUGUAAGACUUGUCAUUAUUGCCAGGUUGCAGGGAAACCUAACGAAGUAAUUCCCCCUGCCCCGCUUCACCCCAUUCCGGUAGUUGCUCAACCUUUUAACCAUAUCUUAAUUGACUGUGUCGGACCAUUACCGAAAACCAAAUGCGGUAAUCAGUACUUACUGACGAUCAUGUGUGCUACAACCCGUUACCCAGAGGCUAUUCCCCUUCGAAAUCUGACCGCAAAAAGUGUGGUAAAAGCUCUGACUAAAUUUUUUACUCAGUUUGGGAUCCCGAAUAAAGUACAGUCUGAUCAAGCCUCACCUGUAUUCCAAGAGAAAGCUUCGUCGCGCGACUCGCAAGGGGACUUUGAGUCGCUCGCUCAAAGAAUCCUGGCAAAGCAUGGAUACCUCUGA